CCGCCCUCUUUCAGGCUCUCUUUCUUUCUCGUGCGUAUAAAAGCGAGCCAAGAGUUUUCUCCCGCUUCACUCAUACUUUUUAGCCAGUGCUUUGUUUGGUCUCGCCAUCAUGCAGACGGACGACAGAGGUGUGUCGCUGUGGUGCGAGGAAACAGAUGAGGACUACCGAGAUCAGGCCGCCCUGGGGAUGGGUGCCCCCGGGGUUCAGCUGCGAGCUGCCUGGGACCCGUCAGUGUCGGGGAGGCGUGUGAUCCAGAGGCUGCUUCACGUGGAGGAACGAUACGCGCCCUCACCGCUCUACGUGGGCCUCAUUCAGCAGGAUCCCCAAAGACGGGAGGAGCUGGCCAAGUGGACGCUGGAGGUGUGUUGCGAUUGCGGCUGUGACGAGGCCGUGUUCCCGCUGUCCGUCUCCCUGAUGGACAGAUUCCUGUCGGUCACGUUGUCCACGCCCGUGUCGCCCUAUUGCCUGGCGGCAGCCUGCGUGCUCAUCGCCUCCAAGCUGAGCGAGUGUGACAAUAUCACCUCGAAUGCACUCUGUGCUGCCGCAGAGUACAACUUCCUGCCCGCCAACCUGCGGGAAAUGGAGCGUGUGGUACUGGCCACCCUGCGCUGGGAUACAGCGGCCGUGACACCUCAGGACUUCCUGCCACACUUCCUGGCCUCCCUUGGGGAGAGCAACGAAGAGGACAGCACCACCUUGAGGCGACACAGCGACACUCUGGCAACCUUGUGCGCAUGCGACUCGCGCUUCCUGGGGGCUUCGCCCUCCCUAGUGGCCGCCGCCUCACUCAACUGCGCUUUGCGGGGCCUGGGCAACAGCGAGCACUCUCGGCUCCACCCGCUCAGCUCGACGCUGGCUGACCUCUGCCAGGCUGACCCGGUGGUGCUGCAGUACUACAGCGAGAUGAUUGAGCACGCCCUCCGGCAGCGCCUCAGCAGCAGGCCGGCAGUCAAAGGCGAUGAAUUUGAGGACGAAAGAGCCGGCACGCCCACUGACAUGAGAGAAAUCGAUUUCUAAAGCCCUGCCAACAGCCAAACUGCAACUGCAGACCAAUCAAAUUUGUCGUCAUCAGUCAAACUGAUAUAAAUUAUGACUUCCACAAAGGAUACUUUUAUAUACUGAAGAGAUGAAGUAAUUAUGCUGUUAAUUUAUUUUUUUCAAUUAUUUAUUCACCAGACAUUUGUAAUGUGUUCUUUGUGCCAUAGUGUGUCUACGUAUCUCUGUUAUUUUAUUGCAGGCUAGUUAUGCAUAUUUUGCAUAUCUAUAUCUUUAAUUUAUUUAUCUUGUGCAAUUCUUUAUUUUGGAUGUUAAUUUAUUCAAUAUGCCAUACUUAUAAGUUGUUUUUAGUGUACUGAAUGAACUAAUU